UAUUUCAACACUCUACUUAUCUCUUUAUUAUUUUAUUUUGUAGUUUGUUUUAUGACUUUGUUGUGUUUACGUGUGCAUAGAUCUGCAGGCGUCUCCGCAGCUCCCAUUCCUGCCAUAUUGACACAAAGUGAUCUUCUUGGCAGUCAUCUGGAUUUAGCAGCUGAGAUGAUCCACAGUCUGUUCCUGAUUAAUCACUCGGGAGACAUCUUCCUGGAGAAACACUGGAAGAGUGUUAUCGGCCGGAGUGUGUGUGAUUACUUCUUUGAGGCAAAGGAGAAGGCAGUGGAUCCGGAGAAUGUGGCCCCUGUCCUGCAGACCCCGCACCACUAUCUUAUCAGCAUAUACAGGGGCAAGCUCUUCUUCCUGUCUGUCAUCCAGACUGAAGUCCCCCCACUGUUCGUCAUUGAGUUCCUGCACAGAGUGGCUGACACAAUUCAGGAUUACUUUGGAGAGUGCUCAGAAGGCAUCAUCAAAGACAAUGUGGUGACGGUGUAUGAGCUUCUGGAGGAGAUGCUGGAUAACGGCUUCCCACUCGCAACCGAGUCCAACGUUCUGAAAGAGAUGAUUAGACCUCCAACGAUCCUGAGAACUGUUGUCAACACACUCACAGGUGGUAGUAACGUUGGAGAUACACUACCGACUGGUCAAUUGUCCAGCGUCCCAUGGAGGCGGGCUGGAGUGAAAUACACCAACAAUGAGGCGUAUUUUGACGUGAUUGAGGAAAUAGAUGCCAUUCUGGAUAAAUCAGGUACAACAGUGUUUGCAGAGAUCCAGGGUGUAGUUGAAGCCUGUGUGCGGCUCACUGGGAUGCCUGACCUCACUCUGUCUUUCAUGAAUCCUCGUCUCCUCGAUGACGUGAGUUUCCACCCGUGUGUUCGGUUUAAACGCUGGGAGUCAGAGCGGGUCCUCUCCUUCAUCCCGCCUGAUGGAAACUUCACACUCAUGAACUAUCAUGUCAGCACCCAAAAUCUCGUGGCCAUUCCAGUGUGGGUGAAGCAGAGCAUCAGCUUCUUUGAGACGGGACCUUGUGGUCGCCUGGACAUCACCGUCGGACCCAAACAGACGAUGGGGAAGACGGUAGAGAGCCUCAAGGUCUCUAUCCACAUGCCUAAAACUGUGGUCAGCGCCAACCUCACAGCCACACAGGGAAACUACACCUAUGACCUCGCAACCAAGGUUUUGGUUUGGGACAUUGGGAAACUGAACCCCCAGAAACUACCUAACCUGCGCGGCAGUGUGAGUACGCAAACAGGGGCCCCUAAACCUGAAGAUAACCCUUCUCUCAACAUUGACCUGAAGAUACAGCAGCUGGCCAUAUCAGGUCUCAAGGUGAGUCGUCUUGAUAUGUAUGGAGAGAAAUACAAGCCGUUUAAAGGGGUCAAAUAUUUGACCAAAGCUGGGAAAUUCCAAGUGCGAACCUGAGCGAUGACUGUCAAACCCAAAGGUCAACAAUCCAAUGUGCCAAAUAGGGGGCAAGGUUAUUACCUCACUGAGUCAGCCCUCCUCAAGUCUUACAUUUCCUCGGGCUCUCCACAACUAAUGACCCAUUUUUCACAGUAGCAGUUAUUUAUUAUGUGUUUGGCAUUAUGUUGCCUGGAUGGUGUGUGUGGCCUGUAAAGGGAAGCCUUAAUAACCCAUGUGACCCUGUUGAAGUGCUAAAUGUGUUGCAUUGUGUGAACCAUUCCUCUUUUUAUCUAUUAUUAUGUUUUUCUAACACUUUCUGAGUGUUGCCAAAGGGGAAUAUUUUGGUUUGAAAGGGACACUCACAGCUCACCGCCUUGCUCCACACUUCUGCAGCACACAUGUAAAUCCUUAUUGCAUGUUUCUUGAGAACAAGCAGCUAUACCUUUCAGAACUUUUAAAAUAACGAUAGGUAGCAACUUUUAUAUAUUCACAUAUAUGUUUAUUUUUUGGAAAAUUCGUAUAUCCUAUCUUUGUGAGUAGCUGCAGUGUGUCUUAGAGCACUGUCUUUUGUGCAUGUAUUUUUGCACACAAUCACUCUUUAACGUGGCCUUCUAAGGUGCUUUGUUUAGCACACUACAGCACAAGCAGCACACUCCUGACACUGAGGGAAGAUGUCUUAAAAUAUAUCUUAUAUGAAAGGUACAUAUCUUGACUAAUGGAGGUUGUACAACGCUACAAAGGGCCUAGAUUCAAGCUAACAUUGUUGGGAAUAGUUGUGUAAAAAAAAAAAAAAUCUUGAACGCAGCCUCCUCACUCAGCACAGCAUUUGCACAAUCAGUUGUCAAUGUGGAAAAUCCUACUUAAAGCAUAUGUAUGAAGUUGAAUCUGUAUUUUGGUGUGAAAGAAGUUAUAUAAAAUCUUUAAAAAGUA